GGAAGGUAGGUACUUAAACAAAUGCGAAUAUGACUUAACGAAACAGUCAUGGAUACUCGUGGUUAUCGUCUUCUAUGUUAAAUCAAUAACACCUUGCUGUUUGUGUAGGUAUAAGUUGUAUCGUUGGUAGGUGCCUAAGUAAAGUUUUUAAUAUUUAUGGUGAACGGUAACUAGGUUCUUAUACUUGUUCUGAAAAUUCAAAAACGCCUAAGAUUUAUCAAAGUCUGCACUUACAACUUACAAAGAUACAAUAGGUAUAUGUACAAUCUUUGCUAUAAUAAAUCUACAUAGUUGCGUUGUAAAUGGACAACCAUAACGUAUAUUUCAAAGAAACGAAAAAUACAAUUCUCCCUUGUUUGAACAAUUUUAUGAGCAACGCAAAAUAUUUGUCCAAUAAUUCCUUGACGGUGAAACAUAACGUACGUUUAAGCAUCCAAUUUGUUACUGGAGUAACUCAAGAAUUGGAAGCGGACGCCAAAGCGAUUUUUAAACAAAAAUUAAAAAGCGAUUUCCAUAACAUCGCCGAUUAUAAACGUUUUGCAUUGAAUAAGGAACAUAGAAAGUAUGAACAAAUUAAGUUUGACGUUCAGGCAAAAAUCGGAAGAAAAAAUCAAAUUGAACAUUAUUUCAACGUUGUAGAUCGACAAUUACAAUUUGUCAUGAAAAAAAAAAUAAUGAAAUCGGAAGCCAUAAUUGUAGCGGCAAUGAAAGAACAUGAACAUAAAAUUGUGAAUUUACAAUUAGAUGCAAACAGUUUGCUAUCAAAAAUUGAGUCAAACGCAAAAAAUAACGAGAUUAACAAAAAUAGCCGUAUGCAAAUCAGGAAUGAUUUAAAAAUCAGAAAAGCUAAAAUAGUGCAAACGUACGAUUCCGAGAUGAUGGCAAAAUACAAUAACAUGAAUGGAUUUAAUUCAAAAAUAAAAACAAUUGAAGAUACCAUUUAUCAAUUGCAAGAAUCCAUUUCACUUCAGAUGCCGUUUUACAAUAAUGUGGUACUUGAAAAAGAAGAAGAAAAUGAUAGAAUUUGGCACGCAAAGUUACAUGAAAUACAACGCAAGAUAGCAGCUCGGAAAAUACAAAUGCAUUUCAGAAGAUACUUAAACUAUAUUAAGACCCGCGAUAUUAAAAAAAAUAAAAAAGGACAGCACAAAAAAAAUCAAACAAAGAUGAAAAACAUUUAAAUUUAAUAUAGUUUUAUAAUUUUUAAAGAAAAACACUUUUCUGGGAGAAGUUUUCACAAUGGACAUUUAAAUGUUAUGCUUAAUGUUAAACUGUCAAUCAAUCAGUCCUUCAUAAGUUUUGUCAAUUUUCAAUUAUUUUUGCAUUAAGUUACAAUUAACAUUUUUAAUGUAAUAUUUUACAAUAAUUUAUAAUAAUAUAUACUUCAUGUUUUAUUAUUUGAGUUAUUGCAUGCAAUUUGUUUAAAUAAAUGAAUGGUCA